CAUUUGAAGUGAAUCUUCGAUUGGACGGGACUUUUUAAGUCCCGGUUGAAGCAAACGGCAAAGAUACUUCGCUUCUUUCCUCCUGGCCACGUACUAACCCUUUCUCUGAGGUCCCAACUCGAAACUAUAGGUUCAGUAUCACAACACAACCAACAAGUAGCAACCAUGAUGAAGUCUGUUUUGAUCGCCUCUCUCCUUGUCGGUGCCUCGGCCUUUGCUCCCUCCAAGGAUGCUGCCACCAGCAGCGCUUUGUCCAUGGGAUACAGCACUGAAGUUGGAGCUACAGCACCCCUUGGAUUCUUCGAUCCCCUUGGUCUGUCCAAGGAAGGAACCGACUCUGCUGAUUUCAACCGUAUGCGUGAAGCCGAAGUCCGACACGGACGUGUUGCCAUGCUUGCUGUCACUGGUUGGUUGACCACUGCUGCUGGAGUUCGUCUUCCCGGUAUGGAAAGCAUGCCUUUCGGAUUCAAGGCCCUUAAUGCCAUCCAAGAUCAACCAAUGGAAGUGCGUGGAUGUGUUCCAUUCGCCCUUGGAACUGCCUUCUUCUUGACCACCGUCAUGCAAGAUGUGACUGGCGACAGCGAAUUCCCCGGUGACUACCGCAAUGGACUUGACUUUGGAUGGGACAGCCAAACAGAUGAAUGGAAGACGAAGAAGCGAACCGUUGAAUUGAACAACGGACGUGCCGCACAGAUGGGUAUCUUGGGUAUCAUGGUCCAUGAACAACUUGGAAACCUCAACGAGCUUGGUCUUCCCCAACCCUAAGAAGCGACGAUUCGUUUCAAUCUCAUCUCUGCAUGCAUGACCCCUUUCUUUUUUGCUGCGGUACUAAUAGCUAGCUAGAUAGUGGUUUUGUACUUGU